AUGGAGCAGCUGAGCUUGGCCAACACCCGGUUCACACUGGACCUCUUCCGCACCCUGAAGGACAGCGACCCCUCUGGGAACAUCUUCUUCUCCCCCAUGAGCAUUUCCUCAGCGCUGGCCAUGGUCUUUCUGGGGACCAGAGGCACUACCGCCGCCCAGAUGUCCAAGACUCUUCACUUUGAUGCGGUGAAGGAGAUUCAUUCCAGUUUCCAGAGUCUGAAUGCUGAUAUCAACAAGCGUGGAGCUCCCUAUCUUCUGAAACUUGCUAAUAGGUUAUAUGGAGAGAAAACCUAUGAGUUCCUCCCUGAGUUCUUAGGUUCAACCCAGAAAAUGUUUGGAACUGAACUGGCCAGUGUAGAUUUUCGAAAAGCCUCUGAAGAUGCAAGAAAGGUGAUAAACGAGUGGGUCAAAGGGCAGACUGAAGGGAAAAUUCCAGAAUUAUUGGCUGCAGGCGUGAUUGAUUGUAUGACUAAACUUGUGCUAGUUAAUGCCAUCUAUUUCAAAGGAAACUGGCAGGAGAAAUUCAGUCAAAAGGACACAACGGAUAGACCUUUCAGAUUGAAUAAGAAAGUCACAAAAACUGUGAAAAUGAUGUAUCAGAGGAGUGAAUUUCCAUUUGGCUACAUCAAGGACCUUAAGUGCCGGGUGCUGGAGCUGCCUUAUCAGGGCAGGGAGCUCAGCAUGGUCAUCCUGCUGCCAGAUGACAUUGAGGACGAGGCCACGGGUCUGAAGAAGAUUGAAGAACAGUUGACCUUGGAAAAACUGCAUGAGUGGACCAAACCUGAGAAUCUGAGUUCCAUCGAAGUCAACGUCCACCUGCCCAAGUUCAAGCUGCAAGAGAACUACAACCUCAACUCUCACCUGGCCAGCCUGGGUAUAGAGGAUCUCUUUACAAGCAAGGCUGAUCUGUCUGGCAUGUCAAGAGCUCAAAAUCUUUUUAUAUCACAAAUUGUCCACAAGUCCUUUGUGGAAGUAAAUGAGGAGGGUACAGAGGCAGCAGCUGCCACAGUAAUGUUCAUCGACUGUUGCCUUAUGCCAGAGGAAAAUUUUGUGGCCGACCAUCCAUUCAUUUUUUUCAUUCGACACAAUCCCUCAACUAACAUCCUCUUCUUAGGCAGACUUUCUUCCCCAUAG